AUAUGAAGAUUAUCAAAGAUUUUCUACCAGUCAUUAUUUAAUUGAAGGUGCUAAGUUAUACAAGCAAAACUAACUUGAAGAAAAUAAUUUUCAAAAUUGUUUUUAAUCAUCAAUAAGUGAAGACAACAUGAAGUUAUUAUUUCAAAUAUGUGUUUCCUUUGUUAUUUUUUGGGAAAUAUCGUGCGACUCAUUAGUCGGAAAUCCACGUCCAGUUGAUGUAAAUAAAGAUGAAAUUCAGCAGUACGCAAAACUUGGUCUUGCGGAAUAUUCACGAAAUUUACAAAAAUCCUAUGAACCACUAAUAGAAACUGUUAUUAGUGCUACAGAACAAGUUGUCUCUGGAACAAGAUAUAUAAUAAAAGUUAAAUUCACUGAAAGCACUUGUUCUAAAGGAGAGAAAAAUAAUGAAUGCCUUUUGAAAGCGAAAGGUGAAUCUGAAGUUUGCAUCGUUGACGUUUGGUCACAACCUUGGGAAGAUAAAGGUGUUCCAAAAGUAACUGUUAAAUGUCAAUUGGAACAGUAAAAUAAAGAUUAUUUACUUUUUUUCAAAAUAUAAGAUGUUAUGAAGAUAAUCCUGAACUAUUUACGAUUUGAUUACAUCAAAAAUCUUUUCUAAAAUUUGGUUUUAUGCUGAAGCAUAAGUAACUAAAAAUACUGAGAAAAUUUAAUUCUGAUUAAAAUUCUUACGUUCUACUAUUUCAAAAUUGUAUAAUAUCUAAAUGGAACAAAAAAUUAAAAUAAAAAAUUUUAUACAAUUA